AUGGAGAGCAGGAAGGACAUGGUGAUGUUUCUUGAAGGAGGGCAGCUUGGCACGCUCGUUGGCAAGAGGGGAGCUAAUCUGUCAGAAGCGGUGGGGAGCCCUGGCCCCGAACCCCCAGAAAACAUGAUCCACCGGAAUUGCCUGAGCCCCCGUUCGGGCCCCUUGGCGUCCCGGGAGAGGGGCGGAGGCGGCAAGGAGGAGGAAAUCGAGAGAUUGCCCCGGACAGCUUCGGGGGCGGGGGCGGAGAGCCGCUCGGCAGGGCCGGUUGGGGUGGCCCCGCCGCCCUCCUCCGAGUCCCCCUCGGCCAAAGGCCAGCAGAGCAGCUCGGAUACCGAGUCGGAUUUCUAUGAAGAAAUCGAGGUGAGCUGCACCCCAGACUGCACCGCGGGGAGCGCCGAGUACCAGCACAGGAAAGGGCCAUGUUCCGAAGCCCUGGCCGGCAGUCCCAGCGGUGGCGGGGAGCCCCCCAAGAGCGGCGGCGGGGGCGGCCCGGGAGGCGGCGGCGGCGGCGGGGGCGGCGGCUCCCAGGGCUCCCUGGCCUGCAGCGCCAGCGAUCAGAUGCGCCGCUACCGUACCGCCUUCACCAGGGAGCAGAUCGCCCGCUUGGAGAAGGAAUUCUAUAGGGAGAAUUACGUGUCGCGGCCUCGGAGGUGCGAGCUGGCGGCCGCCUUAAACCUGCCCGAGACCACCAUCAAGGUGUGGUUCCAGAACCGAAGGAUGAAGGACAAGAGGCAACGCUUAGCCAUGACCUGGCCCCACCCAGCCGAUCCUGCUUUUUAUACUUACAUGAUGAGCCACGCAGCGGCCACAGGGAACCUGCCCUACCCUUUCCCCUCCCACCUGCCCCUUCCUUACUACUCCCACAUGGGCCUGGGAGCCACUUCAGCCUCUGCUGCCACCCCAUUCAGCACUCCACUGAGGCCCCUGGAUACCUUCCGGGUCCUGUCCCACCCUUACCCGAGACCCGAACUCCUCUGUGCUUUUAGACACCCGUCUCUCUAUCCAGCCCCAACAACGCAUGGACUUGGAGGUUCCGGGGGCAGUCCGUGCUCGUGUCUGGCUUGCCACACCAGCCAGUCCAACGGCCUGGCACAGAGACCUUCCGGCUCAGACUUUUCCUGCUCCUCCACAACCAGGACGGACUCUUUCAUCACUUUUACACCCUCGGUACUGAGCAAAACCUCCUCAGUGUCCCUGGAUCAGAGGGAGGAAGUCCCCCUCACAAGAUAAAAGGUGCAUCUCGGGUUUCUCUCCAGAAUACUCAAUGGGGGGGAAGACCCCAUUGCUCUAGGACUCACCCUCCCACCACCCACCUUUCCACCUUUAUUUAAUUCCCUUCCAUCUUCCCUUGGACAUCUGUGGAAAAAAGAAGUAGACGGAGGACUGGAAAUAACAGCCUGAAAAGGAAACCUAGUGAAAUGUUGGGAAAGGAAGCCACUUGGCUGGCUGUGUCCAAGGCACAGCCUGCCAUCGGUCUUUGGAGGAGAUGCCAGAGCCUGGCAGGGAGGGGACCUUACCUGUGUAUGUCUUCAAGGCUCUACCUGAAAAGAAAAGAAAAAAAAAAUGAUGAAACUUAAAAACCCACACAAGCACACGAAUAUACACUCUCGUCCACAGACAUACACCUACACAAGCACGUACAGAGCAACCUUAUUCUCCUAUCUUAACCUGACAAAGCUGAAACACUGGAAGGGGAUAUCGCUGUCUUUAACAAAAGGUUGUGUGCAUAUACAUAAACGACAUAAAGAGUUCUCUUUGCCAGAUUUUCUAAGUCUAGCUUUGGAGAUUCUGGAUAGCUACACAAGUCAGCAUUUCUUUUAAAAAUAGAGAAAAGGGAAAAAAAUUGUUUUGCUGCCAUAAAGAUCCUACCAACAUGUAUAUAUUUUUGGUGGUUUGAUUGCAUUCUUUGUGUCUCAGAAAUACAGUAUAUUCCAAUUGAUGAGCAUCGAAUCUCUUCCCUAGAACUCAAAACCUUACUUGGUUCUCAUUUCAUCUGCCUGUCUGUUUGUAUCUUUCUCUCUCCGUCCUCUUGUUUGUCUCACAAAAAGAUCUUCAAAGGAAAGAAGGGGUGCAGCAGGGUGCAAAUGAGUUAUUUAUUGAGAAACAAGUGUCUGAUUAUCAGGGGCUGAAGAGUGCCCU